UAUAAACUGGCUUCUUCCACUUUUGUAACUUGACCUCUACCAACGCGACAAAGGUUUAUAGAAUAAAAAUUCUAUAUCUUUUGAAUUGAUUCAUAGAAUCAUUCAACUUUUUUCUUUCUUUUUUCUUUCAUUCUUUUGAAAAAAGCUGUUCUUUUUUUAUCUCCACAAACUUCUUCUUUUGUUGUUGGAGCUUUCAUUCAUUAAUUUCUGGGUUUGCAUUUUUUCAUUUGACAUCCUAUCUUUUACUAUUCAUUUUUUUCUUUUUCUUUAUUUUCAACUUUGUAAUUCUUUUAUUUAAGUAUGAAUUUUUUCCAAUUUUUAGCUCAUUCACUCACCUUGCUUGCGAUCGGACGCGUCGUAAGCGCUAGCACUCCUCAUCUUGAAAUCCGCGGUAAUGCGUUUUUUAACAGUGAAACUAAUGAGCGUUUCUACAUUCGUGGUGUUGAUUACCAACCAGGUGGCUCUUCAUCAACUACUGACCCAUUGGCUGUUGUUGAGAAUUGCAAGCGUGAUAUCCCUUACUUAAAGGAUUUGAACAUUAAUACAAUCCGCGUUUACCAGAUCGACAACAUCGCUAACCACGAUGAAUGUAUGAAAGAACUCGAAGAUGCUGGUAUUUAUGUACUCUUGGAUUUGGCAACCUCAAAGAACUCCAUUUCUCGUUUGGACGCAGCUGCCAGUUAUAAUGCUAUCUACUUACAGGGCAUCUUUGCUAGUGUCGAUGCCUUUAAGGAUUACGACAACGUUCUUGGUUUCUUCGCUGGUAAUGAAGUUGCCAAUGAACCAAAGAAUGCUGCUACUACUACUUGGGUCAAGGCAGCUCUCCGCGAUACUAAAAAGUAUCUUAAGAAUAAUUCGAAGCGUCAAAUCCCUGUAGGUUACUCUGCAGCAGACGUUGCUGAGAUUCGUUUGCAGUGUGCUGACUUCUUUGCCUGCGGUGAUGACGCUGAAGCUCGUGCCGAUUUCUACGGUAUGAACAUGUACGAAUGGUGCGGUAGCGGCUCUAGCUUUACUACCUCUGGCUACGACCAACGUAUGAAAGAAUUCGCCAAUUAUUCUAUUCCUUUGUUCCUUUCUGAGUAUGGAUGUAACACUGUUAGUAAGGAAUCUGACGGUACCCCUGAUCGUCCUUUUGAUGAAGUAGAUGCUAUCUUUUCCGACAAAAUGUCUUCUGUCUUCUCUGGUGGUUUGGUUUACGAGUACUCUGAAGAGGGCAGCAAUUAUGGUUUGGUUACUAUCAACGGUGAUUCCGUCAAAACUAGCAAAAACUAUGAUACUUUGAAGCAAAAGUAUGGUAACGCUGCCAAAUUUAGCGGUGACAAUGGCUAUAACAAGAAUCCUCAGACUCUCAAAUGCCCACCCAACGACAAGGACUGGAAGAGCUUCCCUCUUCCCCCUACUCCUCGUGAAGCUGAACAAUUUAUUCAACACGGUGCUGGUCAACCCUUGGGUCUAAAUGCUCCUUCUAAUCAAGCAAGUGGUAGCAAUGGUACCGCUUUGGUUAGUGCUGGCCCUCAUUCUUCUUCCACUAGCGUGGACGUUGACGCCGUUGCCAUGACUCAAUCUCCUGAUAGCAGUUCUAGUACUUCUGGCUCUUCAACUGCUAGCGGCUUGACUAGCUCUGCUCCAGUUGCAGGUUCCAACUCCAACACCACCAGCUCUGGAUUUAACACUAGUACUGUCUCAGCUGCUGCUAAGUCCGGCUCUCACAAUGGUAGCCCUUCCUCUGCCCCUAACGUUCAAAUGGCCGGUUUUUCCAUUGCUGCUGUUCUUCUUGGAGCUAUUGCAUUCAUCAUCUUGUAAGGUGCUUUUAUCUUUUUUGUCUAUCUAUACAAGGCAUAUAUCAACGAACAUAAACUUGGCAUUUUUCGCAUUUCUUUUAUAUAGUGCAUUUUGCAUAGUCAUAACCAUAUAUAUUACGCAUAUUGCAUAUUUGAAUACAUUAUCUG